GCGCGGAGGACGCGGGCGCAGCGCGCCGGGGGAGGGUCGCCGCCGCCGCCGCCGCCGCCGCCGCGGGGAUCGUCAGGCCGGAGCCGCGCGGCCGAGCGAGCGGCAGGCGGCGGGCAGGGCUCGGCGGCGGGAGGCUCGCGGCGGCCGGGCCGGCGGGGUCCGCCCGGGCCGGCAGCGUCCGCGGAGCGGCGGGAGGAGGGAGCGGCGCAGACAAAGAGCGGCGCCUGGGCGGGCGCGGUGCGGCCGCCGCCCCGGGACCCGCGCCGCUGCCCUCCGGCCUCGGCGGGCGGCCCACGGCCAGAAUUUAUAUGUUCCUACUAUACAAGUGAUUCCCCAGAUCAUAAUCCUCUGCUGAGAUUUGGGUUGGAUUCGAGAAUCUGGAGAAUUCCUUCAACUUUGUAACUUUAGGAGGUGUGACCAGCUGAGAAAUUCACGUUUUGAGGAGUUCUGCAUUUUGCCAGUCAUCUCUUAUAACUGAGUGCCAAAGGCUUAAAAAGAAAGGAGAUUCUGACACCUGCUACAGUGUAGAGGAGCCUUGAGGACUUUGUACUGAGUGAAAUAAGCCAGACACAAAAGGACAAACACAGCGUGACUCCACUUACGUGAGGUCCCUAGAGUCGUCACAGUGAUAGAACGAGAAGGAUACCACAGGUUUCUGCCAACUCCUGUCAAAUUAGUGGGCAUCUGGCACGUCUUAUUUACAGCACAAUUUGAAACUUUAAUAAGGAAGUUAUAAGAAGGACUCCAUGAAAGAUGACAGAGGAAGUUAUUGUGAUAGCAAAGUGGGACUACACUGCCCAACAGGACCAGGAGCUGGACAUCAAGAAAAACGAGCGUCUGUGGCUGCUGGACGACUCCAAGACGUGGUGGCGCGUGAGGAACGCCGCCAACAGGACAGGCUACGUGCCGUCCAACUACGUGGAGAGGAAGAACAGCCUGAAGAAGGGCUCCCUCGUGAAGAAUCUGAAGGACACGCUAGGCCUCGGCAAGACCAAGAGGAAGACGAGCGCACGGGACGCGUCCCCGACGCCCAGCACAGACGCCGAGUACCCAGCCAAUGGGGGUGGUGCCGACCGCAUCUACGACCUCAACAUCCCCGCCUUCGUCAAGUUCGCCUACGUGGCCGAGAGGGAGGACGAGCUGUCCCUGGUGAAGGGGUCCCGCGUCACUGUCAUGGAGAAGUGCAGCGACGGCUGGUGGCGUGGCAGCUACAACGGGCAGAUCGGCUGGUUUCCCUCCAACUACGUCCUGGAGGAGGUGGACGAAGCGGCCGCAGAGUCCCCCAGCUUCCUGAGCCUGCGGAAGGGUGCCUCCAUGAGCAAUGGCCAGGGCGCCCGGGUCCUGCACGUGGUGCAGACGCUGUACCCCUUCAGCUCAGUCACCGAGGAGGAGCUCAACUUCGAGAAGGGGGAGACCAUGGAGGUGAUCGAGAAGCCCGAGAACGACCCCGAGUGGUGGAAGUGCAAAAAUGCCCGGGGGCAGGUCGGCUUGGUCCCCAAAAACUACGUGGUGGUCCUAAGCGACGGGCCCGCCCUGCACCCCUCGCACGCACCGCAGAUAAGCUACGCGGGCCCUGCGUGCAGCGGGCGCUUUGCGGGUCGAGAGUGGUACUACGGGAACGUGACGCGGCACCAGGCCGAGUGUGCCCUCAACGAGCGGGGCGUCGAGGGUGACUUCCUCAUUAGGGACAGCGAGUCUUCGCCCAGUGACUUCUCCGUGUCUCUGAAAGCAUCAGGGAAGAACAAACAUUUCAAGGUGCAGCUCGUGGACAAUGUCUACUGCAUCGGGCAGCGGCGGUUUCACACCAUGGACGAGUUGGUGGAACACUACAAAAAGGCACCCAUCUUCACCAGUGAGCACGGGGAGAAGCUCUACCUCGUGAGAGCACUGCAGUGACGGCUCCUCCCACAGUCCAUGCCACCUGCCACCUCCAGGCCCUCGGUGCCGCGAUCACCUCCCCAGAGCCGGGCAGAUUGGCCACUGAGAAGAAGCCGAGCUCCCGGGCCCUCCUGCUACAGGCUCCGCCCUGUCCAGUGGUUCAUCAUCGUUUCUUGGCUUCCUUUGCCUCAGUUCAUCUUUGCGUGCCGGUCGGUUUGUUUUCUACUUGCCUCUCCUUUGCCACGUACCGCGCCCUGACACUCGCUCGCCAGCCGCCCUCCUCCCGGCCAGGUUCAGGGAACAGGAGGCGAAGAGGAACGUUCAUUCACUUUGUUCCUGCGCCACUGAAAACAGCCUUCCUCUGUUGGGUUGUUCACGCUAACAGAACCCCUCGUUAGAAAGACAUGGGGCACAGUUUGAAUGCACCGAAGCUGCCAUCAAUUAUGUGAACUACAGUUCGCUCAGAAAGCAGGGUCCACGGGCUCGGGGCUCCCUCUCUGGCCAGGCGGCACCUGCAAGGUCCCCGGUCCUGGCAGCCCUGGCCCCAUGCCCCUUGCCUUUGCAUGGCUCCCGGACUGUCCGGGGAGAGUGGAUACCCUUGCCGGAAGCAGUACCAGAACCACCAGAUGAGACAGCAGUAAGGAAACUCCAGUGCCUUCGGGGCUAUGCUUGCAAUAAAAGAAAUUUCCUUGAAAGUCAGUCCGCUGAAAUGGGACUGGUGACUCAGAAAGACACAUGUUGUGGUCAUUUCCCCCCAGAUGUGCCAUCCGCAUAGUGCUUUUUCCUCUUGCCCUUUGGCUUGUUUAAAUUUCACAAUUAUGUAUUUAAUUCUCAAAGUAAUAUGUAUCUGUAGCCAUUUGUUGACACUAAUACAGAUGAUUAAGGAAAACAGCUGAUCUUUGGGGAAGGGGAGCUACUGUACACUUCACACACUUUACACACACACACACACACCAUAUAUAUAUAUAUAUAUAUAUACACACACAUAUAUAUACAUACACAGGUGUGUAUGUAUAUAUAUGUGUGUGUAUAAAAACUAUUUGCUUUACAGGGAAUUUUUCAGGGUUUACAAGAGAAUAUGUGAUUGGUAGUUAAGAGACACACAGAAUGUUUAUGAAGAAAUUGCAUUUUUUUCUUUACAUUUGAACUUCUUUAUAGUUGAAAUAUACAGUCUUGCGAUGGCACAUUCCUACAACUGAAGAAGGGGUCCCAAGACCUCCUAAACUUGCAUACUCAGUUUUUUGGAUAUUGUAAUAAAAAAAAAAGUAUUAUGACAAGACAAUGUGUGUAUUAAUCUUUGGGAAAACUCAGAUUCAAUUACGGGGGAGUAAUUGCUCUAGCAGUUACCGAACAGUCAGUGCCUACAGGGAAACAUUUUUAGAGAGGAGUCUAAUAAAUUUAUUAUUUGUGUGGUUUCUUUUUCUACCACCACAUUUUUGUAUGUUGAAAUAAUAAAUUUGAAUUAGUGAAACUCUCCGAGAGAAAGCAGAAUCUUAAAGCCUGGUCUUAACUUUGCUCCUUGGAAAUGAUUCGUUACAAAACGUUUUCCUAAACUUUUAUCAACCCCACUUCUCAGCUGCAGCUUCUCUCUCUUCACGUGGGUCUUAACUUUCAUUUGCCUAAUCGGUAAGCGAAUCUCGAAUGGUCGCAAUGUGCCAGGCACUGGAAACAAAGUCAUGUCACGGGAUUCGUGCUUUCGUGGGCUAAUUACAACAAAUGCAUAUUCAGCGCCCCAUCUAUGUGUCCUCACUUAUUCCUCAUUACUGCCUCCAUGAGGUGGCUCUGCUCUCAUCGCCUUAUAUACAUGGAGAAAAUGAGGCUUAAGGUAAAUGCACAAGGUCACAUGGCUGGUACAUGGUAGGGCAACGUUGCAAAGCCAGAGAUGGGACUUCGGGGCUACAGCCUUCCAAUACCAGCCCAGGAAGCCUUCCAGGAGAAAUAAGAUAUUUGGUGAGAGUUUGCUCUUAAUCUGCCAUUUCUGUUUUCUGUGAUUUGAUUAUAUCUCUUUGUUGCCUUUGAUAUAAAUCAGAAGUUCGGUGUCGUACCUGGACUUGGGGUACCCAAUUACAUAAGAAUAUAUAUCCAGGUGAGUGGUGUGGAUCACUACUCUAGACAAAGCACUCGGAUUCUAUACCUUAUCCCUGGAAAUACAAGUCCUUCUGACUUUUCGGGUCUCACUGUGGUGUGUUCCAUUUUGACCCAAUGCUAGAAUCCCUGUGUAUGAGUGUCUGGAUAGCUAAAAGGCUUGGAUUUACACAUAGCAAUUAAGGAAGAAACUAGCAAUUAAAGGACACAAGACAGAUACACAUUUUGGCUUCAGUAACUUCUUUAAAGCCUUAUGGUGAAAACUGACAGUCAUCCUCCAUCCUGUCCCAAACCACCGUGGGAAGUUCUCCAGCUGCCUGAGGUAGAUCAGAAAUCGUAUUUACAAAGGUUCCAGCGUCCCUGGACGUGUGGCGGCAGGUGGUCCAGAGGAGGGUGGAUUUGAUAGUCCCAGUGUGAAUCUGCUGACAGUGUGGAAGGCGGCCAGGGCAGGGUCCCCACGUGAUUUGGAGUGUGGACCACCAGUGCUCCAUCCACGGGGGACUUCUACCUUCACCUUCCUGCAAGUCCGAGAUUUUCCAAACACCUCUUGCUUUGCCAUUCCUUUGCCUCUGCACAGACAGCAAAGGACAAUAAAGGUCAGUCAUCUUACA